UGGACCUGGGGCCUCAGCCACUCCGGCUGGUUGGGUAAAGGCUCUUCCCUUUCCAGCUUCUGUGCCCAUGACUUAACUGCUGGGAGUGUAAAGUACGCAGACGGAGAUUACGGAAGUGGAGGCAAAGGGAAUAGUAGAAUUGUUCACUAA